AUGUCGAACGUAAAAUUAGCUAUAAGAAUUCGACCUUUCACGGACAAGGAGUUGAAAUCUGAUAAAGACCGUGUACAAGUCGUCAGUGUGAUAGAUGAGACUUCUGUUGCAAUAACGAAUAUAAAGGUGAGUCUAUCAGGCGCUGGUGACAGUCGGGAGCGUGUGCGUCGCUACUUAGCAGAUUAUAGUUUUGAUAGCGCCUGUGCAAAAUCACAUCCUAAUUAUGCGACACAGGAAAAGGUAUUUGAUAGGGUUGGAAAUGAAGUCUUGUCAACGAUAGCCAAAGGUCGUUCAGCCUGUGUAUUAACUUAUGGCCAGAGCGCGACUGGGAAGACCCACACUAUGAUGGGGUCGGCAGAAGAACCGGGACUAAUACCACUUAUUUGCAGAGCUUUAUCCAGACAACAACCCCUGGAUAUGACUGUCAGCUAUCUUGAGAUAUACAACGAGAAAGUUCACGAUUUAUUGGCGACAGAGAUCCUACCACUCAACUCUCUUCCGAGACGAAAAGGUAAUGCGAGGAAGGAUUUGCGCGUGAGAGAACAUCCGACUAAAGGGACGUACGUUCAAAAUCUUCGCAGAGUACCAGUCCACGAUUUAGAGGCACUUUUAUCUGUGGUGAGCGAGGGUACGAGGAGAAGAAGGACUGCUGCAACCAAACGUAACAGUUCCUCAUCAAGAUCACACGCUUUGUUGGAGCUGUCCACUGCUUCUGCUACUUUGCAUCUGGCUGAUCUUGCUGGCAGCGAAAAGUCCGGUUGGGAAGGCUGUGGUGGCAGACAGAAGGAAGGAUCUAAUAUCAACAAAUCAUUAGUCGCUCUAAGCAAUGUUAUAUCAGCACUAGUAAGUGGAGGCUCUGGCCGCGGCAGGUUCGUUCCCUAUCGCGAUUCAGCACUCACGUGGCUGCUAAAGGAGUGUUUCACUGGUGGAGGGAAAACUUAUAUUAUAGCGACUGUAUCACCAAGUGCAGCUUGCUACGGAGAAUCAGCUUCAACGCUUCGUUGGGCAUCACAAGCUAGACUACUACCAGCUCGACCUAACAUCACUAGAACUACAAUAACCAAAUCAGCGAUUCAAGCGCAGUACAAUCAACUUGUAGCUCAAUUAGAAAAUCACUUCAUACAAUACAAACCAGAACUAGGUUUACUGCAAUACGAUGAUAAACAUUGGAAGUUGCAGCUAAAUAAAGCACAAAACUUAGAUGUUUCAUAUCAAGAAGCAAACAUAGGUAAUAUAAUGAAUAUAGGAUAUUCCAAAUCUGAUUCUCGUAAUCCAGAAUCAACUCAGUCUUCCAUCACAAGCGGAGUUUCCGAUAUUGAUAUGGAAAAAAAAUUACAAGUCAGAAAUGAAAUUAAUAAAGAAAUAGACGAACUAUUUGGACCGGCACUCGAAAGAACUAAAAGUGGAAGUGAUAUUGAAGUUGCUGCACCUCUAAGACAUAAAAGACGUCAAUUCAGAUCACAAGAGGUACUCCAAGAUGAAAAACUGUCGCAACGUCUCAAAGAACAUCGUUUAUCUGAUGCUGGUAUUAAUAAUGAACUUGUUGACGAAAAAAAUUUCGACACCACUAAGACACACGUACCAAUACUUUAUGACAACCAACGAGCUGAAAUAAUAGCAUCUGUAACUGAGAGAUUGUAUUCGAAGUUAAAAAAGAAUGAAGAUGUAUCAAAAUCAGAAUAUCCACCUGAUAAAAAACAACAUGAAACUAAGGUUCCAUCAUUAAGCGAGUUAAAAAUCUGCUCUAAUGCUCGACAACGUUUGAUGGAAAUCAGCAAAAAAGCUUUGAGGAACAAAAGAAAAAUAGGUAUACCAGCCCACACUCAAACUCGAAAAUCUGUUAUACGAGUUAAAGAUCAAGGUAUAGACGUCCAAACGGAUCUUCAACCGUAUGUUAUCGGUAAUCAGAAGCGGACGUACUUAUUUUGUCAAGAUGUCAGCACUGAAACAAUUAGUAUGACACCGAGAGUAAAAGAUAUAGCGAUUGGCUCUCAGUAUGGUACAUUAUAUUGCAAAGAUGGAUCAACAGUGACAGAAUGUAGGAAAAUAACUUUAAAAUCAUCCUCUAUGAUGACGGAUAACGUAUUGACAGUCGACCGGUACACACAAACACACAUACAACCACCGCCUCGAAGAAAGAGACGUUUAUCAGCUUAUUCAAAGUAUAUAAAAAAAUUAGAAAGUAUUAAGCCGUCCACAGACGAACAUUAUGCCUCACCUAUUAUAAACAUCAAUAUAUCACCAGUACUCCAAGAAGAUUCUGAAACGCAGUCAUCUGACGAUAUAUCAGAUAACUCACCAAGAAUAAAUGAAGAAAAUGAAAAGAGAAGCGUAGUGACUACACCAGACCUAUUAUCGAAUCACAAUAGUCAUAUAAAGUUAGAAUGCGAUAAAGCAUACAACAAAAAUAAUACUAAAACAAUUUGUGAAUGUGAUUAUUCGAAUACAGCAAGCAAUAUAUCUUCGGGAUCAAUUAAUUUUGACGAUUCAGAUACCGAGGAUUUAAUAUUACCCAGAGUAACAGUUGAUGCUUCAAGAAAAAUAGGGCAAAAAGAUUACGAGGAUUUAAUAUUAGGUUAUAAUGAAGAUGUAUAUCCGUACAAUAUAAAGUUGUCUCCAACCAAACAAAGAGAUGAAUCUAAGAGAGUUAUAAGAUUUAAAGACAUAGAUGUAACACCAGCUGAAUGUUGCAGUGAUGAAUGGCAGAGAAAAGUCAACACAGCCACGAGUGUACCAGAGGAUGUUAAAAUCGAUAGUGAUUUAGAUAACGAAUAUUGUGGAUCGAUAAAUGUAAAUAAAACAGAAACCGAUUCAUUUGUAUGGCACAAAUGCGGUUCAGAUACGAAUGUAACGAAGCCAUAUUCAGAAAGAAAAUCGGUUAAAUCUAAAAGUAUGAAGUCCAAAAUGUAUGAUGAAUUUGAUGAUUUCACCAAAGGAACAUGUUUCUGCGCUGGCGCAUCAAAUAAUAACGACGAUUAUAAUAAUUCAUAUAAAAAUUUAAGGAAAACCAGCUUAAAGAGUUCGAAAACUUUCGAUGUCUUCGAAAGGAAAAUAAAAAGCGCCUGCAAUAGUUUAGAAAAUUCUGUAAAUAAAUACGACGAUUAUUUAAUGAAUUUUAAGGAGAGGAGUAAACAGAAAUACAAAGAAACAGCUAAAAGACGAACUCCCACUGAAUAUUUACAGCAUUUAAUUAGAUUAAGAAGGGAGGCUGUGUCGUCAGAUUCUUUCUGA